AGUUUCCAGCUUUCAGUGACGAGAGUAACCAAAUUAGGGCUACUUGUACUUCUCCCACUCAGUCAGAAGCCGUAGGCCGGGAAAGAAACACUUAAGAUCUUUCAAAAACUACAUUACAUUCUCUCUUCUUUCUUUAUUUCUCUCUCUCUCUCUCUCUCCCUGUCUUUCACUUACACUUUCCUUCCUCUUUCAAACUUGCCAAAAUGAUCGAUGUUGACUCUUUGUUCAUAAGUCUGAAGGAGAAAGGGCCCUACCAAAUAUCCCAAUAUGUGGUCUGCGGCCUUAGCUUCUUACCAAUUGUCCUGAGUUCAUUAAAGUUAGUUUUCAUAGGAUACAUCCCAGGGUCAAAAUGUGCUCCAUUGAAUAUGUCCCAAUUACAAGAAUAUGGUUAUCGCAGCAACGAAACACACGAAGUUGUCUACAAAGCAUGCGAGAUAAUUAUAAACAGUUUGGACGACAACAGCAAAAACGAAAGUCUAGCAUGCAUCAAUGGUUAUAGCUAUGACCACGACAAAGAUAUAUCAUUUUUAUCGGAGUGGGAUCUCGUCUGUGACAAAGCUGGUCUGGCUGAACUCACCCAAACUCUAUAUGCCGUUGGAGGCGUGGUUGGCUCCUUAAGCAUGCCUAACCUUUCCGAUACAAGAGGACGUAAACCGAUUUUGAUGUUGUGUGGCAUUCUUUCGUUAAUCGUCAGCGUCGGAUCGUCAUUUUCUCCAAGUUAUAUUGUGUUUGCAGUAUUACGGGGAAUUGAAGGCAUUUUUAUUCAGGGUGUCUCAGUAGCUUGUGUUACGAUAAUGCUGGAGCAUUUCCCCGUCUCUAGCAAGACGUUAAUGUGCGGCUUGACCGGUGUAAUAUGGGGUUUGUGUGUCGUGCCAUUCGGUCCUGUUGCUUAUUUGCUUCGAAGUUACAACUGGAGAAUAAAUAACAUCGUCUUCUCAUCUUCACACGCCGUUGUAUUAUUUCAAUUCUGGUUCCUUGAGGAAUCUUUAAGAUGGGUGGUGACAAAUGGUUUCGUGGAACGAUCGAAGAAAAUCAUCAAAAGAGCCGCCAAGUACAACGGUGUCGAUUUUGAUCGUAUCUGGGAAAAUAACAUGAAGUCAUCUUUGAUUCCAUUAAUGACCAGCGAAGAUAGGAAAAAGACCCCUUCUAAAGAGGACCUUAAUCAUCAGACCAAGGUCAAAGAAGAAGGACUCCAUACAAUAUUUAAAGAUUCUUUGGCUAGAAGAAUUAGCGUAAUCGUACUUCUUAUAGGGUUGUCCAACACUCUAACGUACUACGGCAUAUAUUUGACGUCAUCUGAACUGGCAGGCGACCAUUAUUUGAAUUUCUUUUUGGUAUCCAUUACAGAAUUAGCCGCAAAUAUAGUGAUGGCCAUGUUGCUUUUCAAGUUACAAAGACGUUCAACAAUGGCAUUAUUCCAGUGUACAUCUGGUAUUUCACUGCUUUGUGCAGUCCUGGUUACCAACUUUGGAGGAGAAAAGAAAGUAUAUUCCAUUAUCAAUACAGUGUUUAGUAUGAUGGGCAUGUUUGGAAUUAGUGCCUCAAAUUGUAUUAUGUGGUUAUACACACCAGAAGUAUAUCCUACUAACCUAAGAAACAUCGGUUUGGGAAUUCUCGCGUUAUGUGACAGUGUUGGAAAUAUGGUUUCACCAUAUUUCCGUAUUUUGAUGCUCUACGCUCCUUGGUUACCUGGAACAAUAUUCGCUGUUGGAUCUCUUACCAGUGUUUGUCUCUUGAACUUUAUGCCAGAAACUCAACGUUUACAGAUGCCAAGUACAAUGGACGAUGUUCGAAAACAACUAAAAGCCCAGAAGAGGAAAAAUAAAAACCCACCAAGCGAGGAAGAUUCCCAAAAUGAAAACCUUACUCAAGCAUGAUUCGAAAACAGUUAUUAAUAUUUAAAUUUAAAGUGGAGGUAAGAAUACAAGGAUGUCAAGUUUCUAUAAAUAGACGUAUGCGAUAUUUACCUCUAUUUAACCAUCUCACAUCGUCUCUGAUGAAGGGAUAUCCAUAAAAUCGCAGAAACAGUUGUA